AUACAACUCAACUCAGAGUUGUGACAUGCACAAACUGGACAGGACCAAGGGAGAAAACAUGAAGCUGAGACACAGUGCCUGCACACUGCUGGUAUGUUGCAGUGUAUUGUGGGUAGUUGUCUGCUGCUCCCCCAGAGACACAGUGACUCCUCUUCCUCCUCCUGGUUGUACCCUUAAGUUGGCGUUCUCCACAGAGGUCUCCUCCUCAUCUGAGGGAAACGGGAACAUCCACCGCAGAUCUUUGGCUCCAUGGAUCUGGAAGUCGUCCACAGUGAAGCACCGGAUCCCCUCCACUAUCUGGGAGGCUGAGUGCAGCAGUAGCUUCUGUUCCAGUCCCAACCCAGGACAGACGGACAGACACAACCUGAACUCAGUCCCCAUCUACCAGAACAUCCUGGUCCUUAACCCACAGGACGGUGGACGGUGUUACACAGCGUCCUACCGCUCUGUGGCUGUCGGCUGUACCUGUGUCUGGGCCAAAACCAACUAAAACUGAACCAUCGCAACCAGAACCUGAACCACCUGAACUCCAACCAAAUUCUGGGAAUGAAAACAAAAGGGACUAACUCGGGAAACAACAGCAUUUUGUACUUAAUAUUUGCUGAUUUAACUGUGCCCAUAAUUUGCCUUGUUGUGAUAUUGGAUUGUGUCAAACUGUGUUGAGUCUGCCACUGUAUUAACCCUGUGUGUGCACUGAUAAAAACAAACCAUAU